AUGACCGCCCCGGCCCUGCUGCCGCUGUCCGGACGCAGGAUUCCGCCUCUGAACUUGGGGCCGCCCUCCUUCCCGCACCACAGGGCCACCUUGAGACUCUCCGAGAAGUUUAUCCUCCUCCUCAUCCUAAGUGCCUUCAUCACCCUGUGUUUUGGGGCCUUCUUCUUCCUCCCGGACUCUUCGAAACACAAACGCUUCGACCUGGGUCUGGAAGACGUGCUGAUUCCUCACGUCCAUGCCAACAAAGGGGCCAAGGACCCCGGGGGCUUCCUGAUUCACGGGCCCGACGAACCCAGACACAGGGAAGAAGAGGAACGUUUGAGGAAUAAAAUUCGAGCUGAUCAUGAGAAGGCCCUGGAAGAAGCAAAAGAAAAAUUAAAAAAGUCGAGAGAGGAAAUACGAGCAGAAAUUCAGACAGAGAAAAAUAAGGUAGUCCAAGAUAUAAAGAUGAAAGAGAAAAAGCCACUACCACCAGUUCCUAUACCAAAACUUUCAGGAAUAAAUGGUGGAGAUCCAGAAGAUAAUGACAUAAGAAUGAAAAGGGAAAAAAUUAAAGAGAUGAUGAAACAUGCCUGGGAUAAUUAUAGGACAUAUGGAUGGGGACAUAAUGAACUCAGACCUAUUGCAAAGAAAGGACACUCUACUAAUAUAUUUGGAAGUUCACAAAUGGGUGCUACCAUAGUCGAUGCUUUGGAUACCCUUUAUAUCAUGGGACUACAUGAUGAAUUCCGAGAUGGGCAAAAAUGGAUUAAAGAGAGUCUUGAUUUCAGUGUGAAUUCAGAGGUGUCUGUGUUUGAAGUCAACAUUCGAUUUAUUGGAGGCCUACUUGCAGCAUAUUAUCUUUCCGGAGAGGAGAUAUUCAAGAUUAAAGCAGUCCAAUUGGCUGAGAAACUCCUUCCUGCCUUUAACACACCUACUGGGAUUCCCUGGGCAAUGGUGAAUCUGAAAAGUGGAGUCGGGCGGAACUGGGGCUGGGCAUCUGCGGGAAGCAGCAUUCUUGCUGAAUUUGGGACCCUGCAUAUGGAGUUUGUCCACCUCAGCUACUUGACAGGGGACCCGGUUUACUACAAAAAGGUCAUGCACAUUCGGAAGCUACUUCAGAAAAUGGAUCGUCCAAAUGGUCUUUAUCCAAAUUAUUUGAAUCCAAGAACAGGUCGCUGGGGUCAAUAUCACACAUCAGUUGGCGGGCUGGGAGACAGUUUUUAUGAAUACUUACUAAAAGCAUGGUUAAUGUCAGAUAAAACAGACAUUGAGGCGAGAAAUAUGUAUGAUGAUGCUAUUGAGGCCAUAGAAAAACAUCUUAUUAAGAAAUCCCGUGGAGGCCUUACCUUUAUUGGCGAAUGGAAGAAUGGGCACCUGGAAAAGAAGAUGGGACAUUUGGCCUGCUUUGCUGGGGGAAUGUUUGCACUUGGAGCAGAUGGUUCCAGGAACAAAGCUGGUCAUUAUUUAGAGCUAGGGGCAGAAAUUGCACGUACCUGCCACGAAUCAUAUGAUAGAACUGCAUUAAAGCUAGGUCCCGAGUCCUUCAAGUUUGAUGGUGCAGUAGAGGCGGUGGCAGUCCGGCAGGCUGAGAAGUAUUACAUCCUCCGUCCAGAAGUCAUCGAAACCUACUGGUACCUGUGGCGAUUCACUCACGACCCAAGAUACAGGCAGUGGGGCUGGGAAGCAGCUCUGGCUAUUGAGAAGUAUUGCCGAGUCAGUGGGGGGUUCUCUGGGGUGAAGGAUGUUUAUUCCUCGACUCCUGCCCAUGACGAUGUGCAGCAGAGCUUCUUUCUCGCUGAAACAUUAAAGUAUUUGUAUCUGCUGUUCUCCGGGGAUGACCUUUUACCUUUAGACCACUGGGUGUUCAAUACAGAGGCUCACCCUCUGCCCGUGUUGCAUUUAGCCAACACCACACUUUCAGGAAACCCUGCUGUUCGAUGA